AUGAUUUUUGAUCUUUUAUCGUCAAAGAAUUUAAGUCAACAAAACAGAAAUUCCAUUCAUUUGAAUGUGACACAACUGAAAGGACUGAGAAAAAUUCUGCGACAUUGGUGUCAAACAAUGACGGUCUCCUACAAUUCUGAAGUUCCAAAUGGAAGCAAUUUUGGCUGUUUUUGGAAACUAUUAUGCAAAUGGCGAGGUAGCGUAUACAAGUUGGUAUGGCGAGAGUUGCUAGCAUAUUUGAGUCUUUAUUACACAAUCAAUUUGGUGUAUCGAUAUGCUCUCAAUGAAGAUCAGAAACGCGUCUUUGAGAAAGUUCACAAAUAUUUUGGAACCCAAACUGAAACAAUUCCAAUGAGUUUUGUGUUAGGUUUUUAUGUAAGUUUGGUAGUAAAACGUUGGUGGGACCAAUUCAGACUUUUACCAUGGCCUGACAGUUUAGCAAUGUUGAUCAGCGCAGCAAUUUCGGGAAAUGAAGAGAUCAGUAGACUUAUGAGACGAAACAUUGUGCGUUAUGAGAUGUUGGCUUAUGUGGUAACUUUGCAACGAAUUUCAUUGAGUGUUAGACGACGCUUUCCAUCUCUUCAACAUCUUGUCGACUCCGGUCUUAUGCUUGAAAGUGAGAAGAAAAUCUUCGAGGUGAUGGAUACUAAAGGUCAAAUGGCAAAAUAUUUUAUCCCAUUGGUAUGGGCUACAAACAUCAUCAAUCGUGCAAGGAAGGAAGGUCUCAUUGCAUCAGAUCACAUUGUGCAAACAGUCCUUACGGAGCUUUCAGACAUUAGGUUUCGACUAGGGGCCUUACAGGGUUUUGACACUUUUUGUGUUCCACUUGUUUACACUCAAGUGGCCACCCUCGCAAUUUACAUAUAUUUUAUCUCUGCGCUAAUGGGACGCCAAAUGGUUUCGCAAGCUCCAGUCACAGGAGGAUCUAAAUAUGAAGAUCCCGAUUUAUAUUUUCCCUUAUUCACAGCACUUCAAUUCUUUUUCUAUGUUGGUUGGUUGAAGGUUGCCGAAGUUCUCAUUAAUCCAUGGGGAGAAGAUGACGAUGACAUUGAACUGAAUUGGCUGAUCGAUCGCCACAUUAAGGCGGCAUACAUGAUUGUUGAUGAAAUGCAUGAAGAACAUCCAGAACUUUGUAAAGAUCAAUAUUGGGAAGAGGUUGUUCCGAAAGAUUUACCAUAUACAGCGGCAUCUGAGAUUUAUCGACGUGCAGAGCCUAAGGGUUCUGCAGAAAUGUACAAAAUUAAAGAAGCUGAUGGACUUUAUGCUAAUAUCAGUUCUGGAAAAAGAAGAUUGAAUGAUGAUGUCUAUGCCGAUUAUGAAAGUGUUGAUACACCAAUGGUCGAACGUCGUAAGAACUGGUUAAGCCGUCAAAUGAAUCGAAUGGGAUCGAUACGAAGUUUAUCAACGGCAUAUUCAUCGGGCAGACUUUUCAAUAGAAAUCGAGUGAAUUCGGCAGUUUACUCACAACCUGAAUCAGGCUUAGCCACAUCCAAUCAACCGCCAUCGAACAAUCUUCUGAGUAAAUUCCGAAAAUCGGGACGCCAACGACCUUUCAUGAAACAAACUCAAAGUAAAAAUUCUUUUGUUCCACUUAAUCUCACAUCAGCAAAUGCACAGUUUGGAUCGCUUGUUAUUCCGACAAGCACUAAUCAAGAUCCAGACGCAAAAGCAACAAAUUCAUAUGUUGUGACAAAUAGUACUGGAAUAAUUCCUGUCUCAAUCACAACAGCGCCUUUUACGAUAUCUGCGUCAAGCACAAAUCUUACAACAUCACCACCAAUUGGACCUGUAAUAACUGAACUACCUUUGGAUUUACCAAGUUCUCCAGCAACCCCACAUUUAGGAUCAUUCUUUAUUGAAUCACAAGAUGAAGCUCCAAUAUUUAGACAGAAACGAAGACAGUCAGCAGAUUCUAUUCAUUCUGGCAUUGCUGAUAAUUCCAGUAAUGUUUCAGCAUCAACAACUUCAACACUUUCGAAGCGUCAAAGUGGAGCUGGUGGAAAAAAGAACAGCGAGGUUUAUGUCUAA